AUGGACUGGCUUGAGUAUUGUGACGAUUCGCCCAUGGACCUUUCCAUUAAUUCCAAGUCUCUCCUUGACCUUGAUGAGCGACCUUCUACUUCUUAUUUUGCGAGCAACCCGUUGUCAAGACUGGACCUUCUCAAUAAACGGCAGAGAGUGCCUGCGAAGGCAUUCUGCAUCGACGACCACAACGACGGCCUCGGCCACACCGCCCACGUUGGGUUACUCGCAAUCUCGGAUAUACGUUCCUGGCAUGCUGCUGCCCGAGGCAUCAGUGCCUGGUACAAAGAAAUGCUGAAGACUGGUUUCAAGGAGAAACUGAUGAAAUCUCUGGCUUUCCAGGACCUGAUGCUAAUAGAGUUCUUUCAACCUGUGUACCAAAUAUACAUUGAAGCAUUGAACUAUCACUCGAAGAUGGUCGAGCUGGAUGAUGAAUUGCGCAUCGUGGAGAAUUUGGUCAAACAUUUCAAAUUGGAUAAAGUGUGGAUAAAGGCAGUUUUUACGGAAGAAUAUGGAAAUUGUGUCGUCGGUGUUAUUUUGGAAAAUGUAUUUGAGCCUUUCACACGUACAAUACUGGGAAAUUUGGACCGACUCUGUGAAGAAGAUAGAUAUGAAGCGCUCUCAAGCUUGUAUUUAAUCUUCAAGGACGUUAGCGAUGGAUCUGUUAUGACGAGAUUGACCUCGAAAUUUGAUGCCAUUGUCAAAAGAGAGGCAAAAGGAAUUGCGUCUGAAACUGAUCAGCAGGUAAAGGACCUCGCAAAACUGUACAGUAAAAGGUUUAAAAUGAUCAAUACCAUCUUCAGAGGUGACAGUAAAUUCUUAGACCAGCUGAAAAGGACUGUUGCUCCCAUAUUAAAUCAGAAGACUGGUCCGAACUCUCCUUGCAAGUCACCGGAGAUGUUGGCCAAAUUACUUGACAGCCUUAUGCGCAACAAGGAUCUUCCAGAGAGCGAAAUUAUGGAAGAAUUGGAUCGCAUCGGCCUGAUUUACCAAAUACUCUUGGAAAAAGAUGUUUUUAAAAGUUUUUACCUUUUGCUGACCGCUAAAAGACUUCACCAGAAGGGUUUUAGGUCAUUGAAACUCGAAGAAGGACUUUUGCAACGAUUACCAGAGUGGGGGAUCAGAGACGAAACCUUGAAAAGUAUUAUCGUGACCAUGAUCGAAGAUGUGCUAACUUCAAAUAAUGUGCUCGAAUAUUUCAACAAAUUCAAAGGUGAUUUUGGCUUUGUAUUUACCACCCAAGUCAUGAAAAUCCAAACUUGGCCAAUCUGUAGCUCUGAUAAUGCUCAAAUCGUACUCUCCAGCGAGUUAAAAGCUAUAUUGGAAAUUUACGAAAACAAUCAUAGGCUAUUCUUCAACAAUCGGAAGCUGGUCUGGAAUUAUCUACACAGCACAAGUGAAAUCCAAAUCAACUAUUCAAACAAGCCCUAUCUGCUCUCCUUGAAUACAUAUCAAAUGGCAAUCAUGCUUCUUUUCGAGAAAAAUAACCACCUCGGCUUCAUGAACAUCAAAGAGACUCUCGCAAUUCCUGAAGAAACACUCGUUGAUCAGCUUGCUUGCCUGGUGGAAAGCAAACUCCUCAUCGCUCACCCAAUGGUAAAGAUACUACCGACGAUUUAG